AUCUAGCCUUAAUUUUUAAGGUUAAUAAGUAGUAGCAAAUGAAAAACAGGACUUAGCUCUGGUCAAUUACAUGGCUCUUCAUGUAUUCUUCCUCAUCGUCACCACCGCCAUCGUUGCCACCACCAUCUCCGCCACUGAUCACAUAGUCGGAGCUAACAAAGGUUGGAAUCCCGGCAUCAAUUACACCAUUUGGAGCAACAACCAAACCUUCUACAUUGGUGACUUCAUAUCAUUUAGGUAUCAAAAGACACAACACAAUGUGUUACAAGUGGACAAAGUAGGAUACAAUAAUUGCACAAUAGAAGGUGCACUAAGGAAUUGGAGUAGUGGAAAAGACUUCAUUUUACUUGACAAGUCCAAGAGGUACUACUUCAUUUGUGGCAUUGGUGGAUGUUCUAAUGGCAUGAAGGUCUCUGUUCUUGUUCACCCUCUUUCACCUCCUCCUAGGUCAGACGCCGUCUCCGCGGUGCAUUCUUCCGAAAAAUCUGAUGCUCCGGUGACAUUUCAUGGUAAUUUUGGGUCGAUAUUGGUGUUCGUUGGACUAUCA